UAUCGCCCCCUUCGCUCCAAUCUCUCUCGGACACGUCGAAUAAUAGAGCAAUGGCAGCCCCGCCGCCGCCGAAUGCUUCUACAUACCCCGGUGCGCCCCCGCCUAACGCGCCUGGUGGUUUCGUGAUCCCCCUUCGUGAGUGCUGUGUCUCACAUUCUCCUCUCCGUUUCACCUAUCGCCGCAGCCCCCACAACCCUACGGAGCUCAACAGCAACGGCCAUCGUAUGAUCAGGCGCCCCAGGGGUACCCAAGCUAUGGAUCAGCAACAACAAUACCCACCUCCUCCCGGCGCUUAUCCUCCCCCGCCUGGCGCACCAGGCUCUUAUCCUCCUCCUCCCGGCGCACCGGGCUCGUAUCCUCCCCCUCCCGGCGCACCAGGCGCGUAUGCCCCGCCUCCCGGCUCAUUUGGCGCGUACGGACCCCCUCCAGGGGCUCCCGGCGCAUAUCCUCCCCCACCCGGCACCUAUGGACCACCCCCAGGCGCGCCCCCCGGCGGCUAUGUGGCUCCCCCGGGCGCCUAUCCACCUCCACCGGGAGCGUACGGCGCGUAUACACCACCACCGCAGCCGGGCUACGCACCCUCCUACGCACCACCGCCAGGUCAGGCGCCGUACGUGCCUCCCCCCGGUGGGUACGCGCCUCCGCCUGCUCUAGCUUCAUUCCCCUCUGCUCCUGGUUCCGUACCCGCUGCCGGAGCCCCAUCAGUGCAGGAGUACCCGACCACUACGUAUCGCGGGGCGACGAUCCACAACCCAAAGUACGCCGGUGGGAUAAGUGUCUACAACUACACGGCAGAUGCGAUCGCGCGGGACAUCAAUGACUUGCUGCGGAACCAGAGCGACGAGAAGGGGCUGGCGGAGACUCUAGGUCGUUUUGGGGCUCUGAAGAUGGAGGUGAUCGCGCAGGAGUUCCCCAAACACACGAGCGGUGGAGAGAGUCUCCAUCGGUGGGUGGAGCGCAAGACAACGCGGUACACGGAAGCCGGGUGUCUCGGGUUGGUGCUGGGCCCGCUGAGGUAUGACAUGUGGUGUGUGGAGAUGGCCAUUCGCGGUGCUGGGACGGACGAGGACAGACUGGACGAAGUCGUAAUGAGCUUGACGCCACACGAUCUGGACUUGCUUUCGUAUGUAUACAAGCAAAAGUACCACAAGCCGCUCGCCCAGGCUAUUCUGGACGAUCUGAGUGGUGAUGUGCAGAAACUCUACCGCUUCAUGCUUGAUCCUGCGCGCCCAUACAUCCCCGCCCCAACCGCGUCCAUGGAGGAGAAUCGCAAGCUGCUCGAAGAGGACGUGGCCGACGUGUACAACUCCGGACCGGGUCGCCCUGGGACCAACGAGGACAAGAUGUUCAUGGUGCUGACCCGCCGAACGCACGAGCAUCUGAUCCAGAUCUGUCGUCGAUAUGCAGAGAAGCACCACAAGCCGCUCUCAUCAAUGAUCAAGAGCGAGUUCAGUGGCCACUCCCAGCGGGCUCUGCUCUUCCUCAUCACGGGCGCGGAGCCACAUCCGCGGCACAGCCAGUUUGACCCCGAGCACAUCCGUGAUGCAAUCAAGCUCGAGGAUACCAUGGCUGGUUUCGGCACGAAGGACGCUUUGCUCGUCUUCCGCAUGCUCCGAGCGCAUUGGAACCCACAGCGGAUGACGCAGGUCGCAAUGGCUUAUCGUGCGGUGUACGACAAGGAUUUGCUCAAGCGCAUCAAGGGCGAGACAAGUGGCUCAUUUGAGAAGCUGCUGCUUAGCCUUCUCAAAGGCCCUGUACCGUAAAUGUAAGAGAAGUGUCUGUAAACAACUUGUAAAUAUCUUGUAUCCAAGUAGAUAUUGUUAUGUCAACAUUGAAUCAAUAUUGCGUCUCGUGGUUGCUGGGA